AACAUAAUUGUAAACGCUAUUUUCUAACUAAAAAAGAAACUAUGUGUCGAAAUGUAGGUACUUAGAAAAGUGACUUAAAUGCUCAGGAUAUCAGAAUGUGGAAAAUAAUACAUGACGGCGGUUAUUCCACUGAGCCGAUUGAACUGCGAGAAUUAAAACUGCAACUAGCUAAUAACUCCUGUAAAUGCAAAUUAUGUGCUGUUCAUAACCCAUCCUUGGAAUCGGACUUAGGGUUUAGUUGUUACGACAAAGAAGUGCAGGUUACAAAUAGCAGAGGGAGUUUAGACCGCUGCUCUCAAGUAUUGCAUCAUAAGAAAUCUCUUGCCAAAGGAAACUCUUUUUACCAGGAUGAAUUUUGUCCCGGAUGCCGCAUGGCUAUGAGUCUAAUACGCAAUGUCUACCCAAAAGUACUUAAAGACGAAGAAUCCGAAAUAAAACCAGAAAUGACUAAGUCUGAUAAAUCGAUAGAAAGGUCCGUUAGUUUAGCUGAAAAAUCCACUUCGACGUUAGAUAAACUGACAUGUGAUCAUUCCAAAAUAUCCUUAAGCGACAUAAAAAGUGAAUAUUCUUCGGAUAAAUCAACUAUCUUUAUAGGGAAACGGAACAAUGAUAAGGUGACUUUUGAAGAAAUACCUGUAGGAAUACCAAAAAAAUACCCGGUAAUGUCUCGUAAUUGUCAUUGCAUGGAUAACUUUGUAAAUAGUAUCAGACCACCGCUGGCUAAAGAUUUCAUGCGUUUUUAGUUCGUGGAAAACGUGGUGAACGUUCCUUGUUUGAUAAUGCAAAUUCACUGUAAAAUGUAAUUAUACAUAAUUUCAAUGAGUAUAAUCGAAUUCACAAUCAAUAGGAACACACACAAAUGUCAAUAUUAAAUAGUUUUAGAUUGUUAUAGUUUUACUAGACCAUAAAAUGUUAUCAAAAAGCUUAUCCAGCUUAAGCACUUGAUCUUCCUCGGUCCGGUCAACUGUACAAUGGAUAAAAAAAAUGUUCCAUAGUUCGGUAAACUGUACCAUGGAUAACUUCUUUUAUCCAUAGUCCGGUUGACCGGACCACUGAACCGCAGUACAGGUAAAAGAU